AUGGAUAAUGACCAAUCACAAACGAGUAAAGCAGCGCGAAAAGCAAUGGAAAAAAUCGAGGCUGAAUUUCACAAGAUUCUGGCUAGAUCGCCUGACCUGAAGCCGAUUGAAAAUGUCUUUCACUUGGUAAAGAAAAGUCUCGAGAAUGAAGCAAUUGCUAAUAAUAUAACGCACGAAACGUUCCAAGACUUUUCAGCGCGGGUUUUAAAAUCCUUGGAAAAUCUGUCAACCGAUGUAAUCGAUCGUACUAUUUCAAGCCUGUCAAGUCGAGUAGAUGCUGUUCUUAAAGCAAGAGGAAAUCGCAUAAAAUACUAG